AUGGCGACGGUCAUCACCAUCCAGCCUUCCCCCACAGCUGGCUCCGCAGCCCCCGUUUCCUAUUCCUCACAAGCGCAUCAUUCGCCCUCGGACGCUCUUCGUCGUCGUCCUCACCCAUCCGCGUCCGCCACACCAAACACAUUGUCGCCUUCACCGGUGCAAGGCUCAUCGGGUCUGAACCGAACAUCUGGCCGGGAUGGGGCCAGCUGUGACGCUUGCUUGAGAAGAAGAAGCCGGUGCGCCAUGAACGAUAUCACCAACAAAUGCUACUCGUGCGAUUUUCAUCGCCAGGAUUGUACGUUUACGCUGUCAGCGGGUGGUCCGGCGGAAGCCAACACCAAGAAGCGGAAAUUACCAGAGUCGGGGCGGGAUUAUGCAGAGACCACGAAGAGACCCUCCACUGUUCAACCUGCCGAGGCUGAUCGACCCGUUCCGGAGAGUGAAAUGGCUCGUCCGGUUCAACCGCACGCGAUGAUUCGCUCUGGUUUCUUCAACCAGACGACGCAGCACAUCGGCAUGACGACCGAGCUCGAGCCGACCUUGCUGGAGUACCUCCCCUUGGAUGAGUAUGACGAAUGCACCGUCUCAGCUUCACGGAUUCGUCGUUGUGCAGACGACUGCACUUUUAUGCGCGUGGUCAAUACCGUGCCCAUUGGCGACUCGCAGGUCGUGUCGCUGGACGCCAUUGAGAGCCUGGUUGCUCCAUAUGGGUCUACUCUGGUGGAAAAGUUCUUCGAACACGUCCACCCGUCCUUCCCCAUCUUGAUGGAGGAUGCUUUUCGUCAAUCCUACCGGGAGCGGAGGCACCUGUCACCACUUCUGCUCGCCGCAGUCUAUGUGUUGACUUUGAAAUUUGUGGACGUGGGCUCGGGAUCGCAAACCGCCCGACGGCCUGAUGCCCAGCGAUUGGAGAGUGCCGCAUUGAAGCUCUUGGUGGACUCACUGCCGUACCCGAGCAUCUCCACCAUUCAGGCAGGCUUGCUGUUGACUCAGAAAUCGACGCUCGCCACAGCCUCCCUGAACGGUCAAUUGGUCACGGCCGGCUUCGAGCUUGGACUGCACCAAGACUGCACAACGUGGCGCAUGAAGACUUGGGAAAAGGGGUUACGGAAGCGAUUGGCUUGGGCCCUCUACAUGCAGGACAAAUGGUCCUCGCUGGUUCAUGGCCGACCAUCCCAAAUUUUCGCCUUCAAUUGGACUGUCAAGGAUCUGGUGGAGCAGGACUUCUCAGAUGCCUUUGUGUCCGGCACCAAUUCGGUUCAUGAUGACGGCGACGUGGGUCAUGGACCACUCCUGUUUUGUCACAUGGUGGCUCUCACUACCAUUCUGUCGGAUAUUCUUGACCGAUUCUACACGCUCCAGGCAAUUGAGGAUUUCCGUGCUGCGGGCACCCAACGCACGCGGAUCAUUCUAGACAAGGCCAAGCCUGCACAGAUCCGUCUGAAGGAGUGGUUCUCAUCCUUGCCCGCGGCCUUGAAGAUGGAAUCAUCCACCGGCGAGAUCGUGGAGACCAUUACAGACGAACACGCUCGAAAUGGUGCUCUGCAUCUGGCCUAUUUCGCCACAGAAAUUACCCUCCACCGCUGCAUCGUCCGGUCCCUAGCCGGUGAUGGCGCUGACCCUCACCUCGCACACAUCUGCCGGUCGGCGGCCAAGACACGACUGAUCUCGGCUAUGGACUUUGUCAACCGCCUGCGACCCGCUCAUCUGCGUUCCUUUUGGCCCGCCUCUGCGCGCACCAAUUUCUCGCUGAUCGGAUCAUUCGGCAUGCUGCUACGUGUCACUGCACCUACUCACGAAGAAGCCGAGUUCUACCGCAUUCGAUUGUGCGAGUACCGCUGGACGCUCAGUGUUUCCCACAAGAAUGCCGAAUUCAUGGGCUUUGCGUUGGAAAGCCUCGACCAUGCCACUAUGCUUGACAAGCAUGUCCCGGCCAAACCAAGUAUCGAGGAGUUGAUGGCGAAUUCUGCCAAGCAACCCUCACGGCCGAUGAUGCCCUCGGGCAGCUAUGACGAUGCCAUGGGUGGCAUUGAUAUGCAUGGUGGAACGGGCGCCAGUUCCUCGGUCAUCUCGGGUCUGGCGUCGCCAGCGACAAGCGUCAGCGAUAUUGACGGCGACGACACACCCAUGCAGCCUCUCUAA